AUGCCUGUACGAGAAAUCCAAGAUGCCGCUGAAGUCUUCCAGGCAAUUGAGGAGUCUCCAAAGCCAGUUGUUGUGCAUUACUGGGCUCCCUGGAUGGGCCCAGAGUCCCCGCUCGCUCCCAUCUUCUUCGAAUUUGACGAAACCCGUGGCGAUGACAUUGAGACAAUCAUCGUAGGCAGCGGAUUUAUUCAUCCCCAACACAGUCCAGAUGAAAUGCCUUUGACGGUUCUUUACAGGGGCGGCGAGGAGGUAGCAACUGCUCCGUUCGACGCCAAUGAGAUCCAAGAGCUUUUGGAUCAAGCAUGA